AUGACACUUGCUACAUUUCUGAAAGUUCACCCUCCGACUUUUAGGGGAACCUCAAAUCCCACUGACGCAGAUAAUUGGAUUCAGGCUAUGGAAAGGGCGUUACAGGCACAACAGGUUCCUGAAGAGCAAUGGGUUGAAUUUGGGACUUAUCAGUUGCAAGGUGAAGCUCAGUAUUGGUGGCAGGGAACACGACGUAUCCUGCAGCCUGAUGGUGCUGCGAUUCCUUGGGAGGUUUUCCGGACAGAGUUCUAUAAGAAAUAUUUUCCUAAUUCAGCUAGAAAUGCCAAGGAACUUGAAUUAAUGCAGUUAAAACAGGGACAGAUGACUGUUGCUGAGGUGGCUGAGGAUUGUGUGAGGAAGGCGGCAGCAGAGAAAGGGAGUUUGAGGAUGCCUUUUCAGAGGCCUUCAGGGAGGAACUUUACUCCGAGAGGUAGGAAUUUCAAGCGUGGAGGCUUUGUUCCACAGCAGACUCAGGGUCAGGGUAAUUACAGAAGGCCGAAUACCAAUGCUAGUCAAGGAAAAAGGUUUGGGAAGCAGCCACAGCAGGAUCUGAAUUGUCAGAAGUGCGGGAAGUAUCAUCCUGGAGUUCCGUGCAGAUUAGGACUUGGAGUAUGCUAUUCUUGUGGACAGCCCGGGCAUAUAGCUAGUAAUUGCCCUGAGAAGAAGAAGUAUGAGACUGUCAGUACAGUUUAUGCCGGAAGGGUCAGAAGCACCGGUUGUGGUGAAUAG